AACUUGGAUGGAGUUGGGAUCCUGAGCUUCCGUCCCUGCCGCCGCCAGCAGAGAGCCCCGCGUCGCCGCCUUCGGUCUGGGACCCCCCCGAUCUCCGCUUCUCUCCGCUCCCGCGAUGGGAAAAGUUGGCGCCGGCGGCGGCUCCCCGGCCGGGCUGAGCGCGCUCGUCGCGGGCGUGGGGCUCUUGGUCCUCUUAGCCCCGUGCGUCCGCAGCGCCGACUCUUGCUGCCCCUUGGAGCACCCCAGCUCGACCCCAGGCUGGACCCUGACCUCGGGGGCUUUUUCUCAUCAGGGACCACCAGGCAGGGCGCCUACCACGCCCCUGCCCUUCCUUGGGCGCCCCCUGUUUGCAGUGGCCCCCGGGAACCGAGCGCUGUCCCUGGAGCGGGCCCGGGGCACCGGGGCGUCCGUAGCGGUGGCUGCUCGCUCCGGCCGCAGGAGAAGGAGCGGGGCGGACCCGGAGAAGGCAGAGCUGGAAGAAGGCGCCAGUCGAAGCCCCCGGGGAGUGCUCAGGGAUGGAGGACAGCCGGAGCCCGGGGCUCCCGAGAGGGACCCGGACAAAGCCACCCGCUUCCGGAUGGAGGAGCUAAGGCUGACCAGCACCACGUUUGCUCUGACGGGCGAUUCGGCUCACAACCAAGCCAUGGUCCACUGGUCCGGCCACAACAGCAGCGUGAUUCUCAUUUUGACAAAGCUCUAUGAUUAUAACCUGGGGAGCAUCACAGAGAGCUCGCUUUGGAGGUCAACCGAUUAUGGAACAACCUAUGAGAAACUGAAUGAUAAAGUGGGUUUGAAGACCAUUUUGAGCUAUCUCUACGUGUGUCCUACCAACAAGCGUAAGAUUAUGUUACUCACAGACCCUGAGAUUGAGAGCAGUUUAAUGAUCAGCUCAGAUGAAGGGGCAACCUACCAGAAGUACCGGCUGAACUUUUACAUCCAGAGCCUACUCUUCCACCCAAAGCAAGAAGACUGGAUUUUGGCGUACAGCCAAGACCAAAAGUUAUACAGUUCUGCUGAAUUUGGGAGAAGGUGGCUGCUUAUCCAGGAAGGAGUGGUACCAAACAGGUUUUACUGGUCUGUGAUGGGGUCGAACAAAGAACCAGAUCUUGUGCAUCUUGAAGCCAGAACCGUGGAUGGUCAUUCACAAUAUCUAACAUGUCGAAUGCAGAAUUGCACAGAUGCCAACAAGAAUAAACCUUUUCCAGGCUACAUUGACCCAGACUCCUUGAUUGUCCAAGAUGAUUAUGUAUUUGUCCAGCUGACAUCUGGAGGAAGACCCCAUUACUACGUGUCCUACCGAAGGAAUGCCUUUGCCCAAAUGAAGCUUCCGAAAUAUGCUUUGCCCAAGGACAUGCAUGUCAUCAGCACAGAUGAGAACCAAGUGUUUGCCGCCGUCCAAGAAUGGAACCAAAAUGACACCUACAAUCUCUACAUCUCCGACACGCGUGGUGUCUACUUCACCCUGGCCUUGGAGAAUGUCCAGAGCAGCAGAGGCCCUGAGGGCAAUGUCAUGAUCGACCUCUAUGAGGUAGCAGGGAUAAAGGGAAUGUUCUUGGCGAACAAGAAGAUUGACAACCAAGUGAAAACUUUCAUCACAUACAACAAAGGCAGAGACUGGCGAUUGCUCCCGGCACCAGACACAGAUCUGAGGGGGGACCCUGUACACUGUUUGCUGCCCUAUUGCUCAUUACACCUCCAUCUGAAGGUCUCUGAGAACCCCUAUACGUCAGGGAUCAUUGCCAGCAGAGACACAGCUCCAAGUAUCAUAGUGGCUUCAGGUAACAUAGGUUCUGAAUUGUCAGAGAGUGACAUCAGCAUGUUUGUCUCUUCCGAUGCAGGAAAUACCUGGAGGCAGAUCUUUGAAGAAGAGCACAGUGUUUUAUACUUGGAUCAAGGUGGCGUCCUGGUUGCUAUGAAACACACAUCACUCCCAAUUCGACAUCUAUGGUUGAGUUUUGAUGAAGGGAGAACUUGGAGCAAAUAUAGCUUCACUUCUAUCCCACUUUUUGUGGAUGGGGUUCUGGGUGAGCCUGGAGAAGAAACUCUAAUCAUGACAGUGUUUGGACACUUCAGCCACCGCUCUGAAUGGCAGCUGGUCAAGGUGGAUUACAAAUCCAUCUUCGAUAGACGGUGUGCGGAAGAAGACUACAGACCUUGGCAGUUACACAGCCAGGGAGAAGCAUGCAUAAUGGGAGCCAAAAGAAUAUAUAAGAAGAGAAAAUCUGAGCGGAAGUGUAUGCAAGGAAAAUACGCAGGAGCUAUGGAGUCGGAGCCCUGUGUCUGUACUGAGGCAGAUUUUGAUUGUGACUAUGGCUAUGAGAGACACAGCAAUGGACAGUGUCUCCCAGCCUUUUGGUUCAAUCCAUCUUCUCUGUCAAAGGAUUGCAGUUUGGGACAGAGCUACCUCAACAGUACAGGAUACAGGAAGGUAGUGUCCAAUAACUGCACUGACGGAGUGAGAGAGCAGUAUACCGCCAAGCCACAGAAGUGUCCCGGGAAGGCUCCUCGUGGGCUCCGAAUCAUCACUGCUGAUGGGAAGCUGACCGCAGAGCAGGGGCACAACGUCACGCUCAUGGUGCAAUUGGAAGAGGGCGACGUACAACGGACACUCAUCCAGGUGGACUUUGGUGAUGGCAUUGCUGUGUCUUAUGUCAACCUCAGCUCUAUGGAAGAUGGCAUCAAACAUGUCUACCAGAACGUGGGCAUUUUCCGAGUGACCGUGCAGGUGGACAACAGUCUGGGGUCUGACAGCGCCGUCCUGUACUUACAUGUAACUUGUCCCCUGGAGCACGUGCACCUGUCCCUGCCCUUUGUCACCACGAAAAACAAAGAGGUGAACGCGACAGCUGUCCUGUGGCCCAGCCAAGUGGGCACCCUUACCUACGUGUGGUGGUACGGCAACAACACAGAGCCUUUGAUCACCUUGGAAGGGAGCAUCUCAUUCAAAUUUACCUCGGAAGGGAUGAAUACCAUCACAGUGCAGGUCUCCGCUGGGAAUGCCAUCCUGCAAGACACGAAGACCAUUGCGGUGUAUGAGGAAUUCCGCUCUCUUCGCUUGUCCUUCUCUCCAAACCUGGAUGACUACAACCCGGAUAUCCCUGAGUGGAGGAGAGACAUCAGCCGCAUCAUCAAAAAAUCCUUGGUGGAAGCCACAGGAGUUCCGAGCCAGCACAUUCUGGUGGCAGUGCUGCCUGGCUUACCCACUGCUGCCGAGCUCUUUGUUUUACCCUAUCAAGAUCCAACAGGAGAAAACAAAAAGUCCCCAGAGGAUCUGGAGCAGAUAUCGGAAGUACUGAUCCACAAGCUCAACCAAAACUCGGUGCACUUUGAGUUGAAGCCCGGAGUCCAAGUUCUUGUCCAUGCAGCACAUUUAACAGCAGCUCCACUGGUGGACCUCACACCAACCCACAGUGGAUCUGCCAUGCUGAUGCUGCUCUCAGUGGUGUUUGUGGGACUGGCCGUGUUCGUCAUCUAUAAAUUUAAAAGGAAGAUCCCGGGGAUUAAUGUUUAUGCCCAGAUGCAGAAUGAGAAAGAACAAGAGAUGAUCAGUCCAGUCAGUCACACUGAAAGCAGGCCCAGUUUCCCUCACACUGAAGUCAGGCGGCCUGGCCAGCUUAUAGAUGAGAAGGUGGAAUCACAGCUCAUAGGAGAGUAGCUUUACCCUCCCCUCCCUCCCCUUCUACUCAACCUGGUGACUCAUCUCUCCGGUUGCAAAGAGCAAGACACGCCACUCCGCCUUCAACGCCAAAGCGGGGAUCUGCUGGGGCUCAGUUUGCAAUUUAAGGAAAACCCCCAAAGGCUGCAGGCGACCUGCUGAUCAGGAAAGAAUUUCGCUCUUGUCAAGUGCAUCAUCCUUCAUGACCACUAACUUUAUUUUUUUUUUCUUUCCUUUGUUGUUCUGUUUCCUAUUUUGCCAGGAAGUAUUUCCAUAGUUGCUGAGAAUCAAAGCACAAAAGAAAUCCCUACCUAUGUAAAUGUUUGAAUGGAGGACGCCAGUAAACAAACACAACAAAAUAACAAA